CCCCAUGUCGAAUGUUCAUUCCAGCCAUCUGCCUUGCUACUAUCAUGUUGUCCUUCGCCGUUUUUGCCGGUGUUCUGGCGGUCACCUAUGGCCACCUCUGCCUCUUCAGUCCCCCACAAAGAGGGACCGUAAACGGCAUCAACAAAGCGGGGUCCGCCGACUGUCUCCUUUUGUCAGGACCCUGUGGGGGCAGGCAGAGAGGCUCGAUGGUCACAAAAGUCACGGUUGGGCAAAAACUGAGGGUCACCUUCCAGAAGAACUUGGACCACUGGGACCACACCCACGGCGACUUCAAAAUCAAGAUCGGCGAGGAGAACAGGCACCUGCAAACUCUGUCGACCAUCCGGGACAAUGGCGAGCCGUCGUUAUACGUGUACUCGACGGAAGUGACGGUGCCGAGUGGACUUCCGGCCCAGAGUAUCCUGCAGGUUACGUACGAGACGAAGAACUCCGCGGCCCCGGCAGUCUUCUAUCAGUGUAGUGAUUUGAUGGUGGAAUAAUUAUUAACUAAGUAAAGCUAUUUGUACGAUAAAGAUGUUUAACCAAAA